UUUGGAUGUAACUUAUUUUUUUUUUUGGGUGUAACUAGCACCAUUCUUAAUUAAAUUCAAAUCAACAAACUUCGAAAACCUGUUUCCUUGAUUCUCUCUACAUACAUGUAUCGGAUUGAAUGCGCAUUUGAGUUAAGAGAAUAGUGAGAGAUCAGAGGAAGGAGAGUCUGAAAAAGUUAGUAUUUAAGGUUGUUUCUUUCUUUAUUGGGAAAAGAAGGUUGGCUUCACUCGCUCAAAGACUGAGUCAAGCGAUGGAUACGAAGAAGGAGAAGCAACAAGGGAAUCAAGAAUCGUCUACGAAGAAGGAGCGGCAUAUUGUGACUUGGACUCAAGAGGAGGAUGAUAUACUAAGAGAACAGAUUGGAAAUCAUGGAACUGAAAAUUGGGCAACUAUUGCAUCCAAAUUCAAGGACAAAACUACAAGACAAUGCAGAAGAAGAUGGUACACUUAUUUGAAUGUUAAUUUCAAGAAAGGUGGAUGGACACCAGACGAAGAUAUCCUCUUAUGUGAGGCUCAAAAAAUAUUUGGAAACAGAUGGACAGAAAUAGCAAAGGUGGUUUCAGGCAGAACGGAUAAUGCCGUAAAAAAUCGUUUCUCCACACUCCACAAGAAGAGGGGAAAAAAUGACAUUGAUUCAAAUAGCAAGAGGAAUAUUUCCUAUCAAGGUUAUAAUACAGAUGCAAUGUCAGAAUCUGCCAUGCCAGUUAAAAGAACGAGGACGGCCCAUAUCCCUGAUGAUGCAAAAAUGAUCAACAUUGGAGACAGAUCACAUUUGCGAAAUGCAAUUUCAAUAAAUCAGCAACCAAGAGCACCACUUGCCGAAUUAGCUCAACAAUCAAAUAAUGUGAACAAUUUUCCAGACAGGCAUCAUGUUUCCAAUGACAAGUUCAACAGUUCCGGCCGAAAUAACAAAUAUGAACUCAAAAAGGAUGAUCCGAAGAUAAGUGCAUUGAUUCAAAUAAUUGAUUCAGAGAACAUGGAAAGAGUAUGGAAGCCACUUCUAGAGUUUCUGAGCCAAACAGAUAUCAUUGGAGAAAAAAUUGCAGUUUUACAGCUUGUAAGUCAUACAGUCAAGGAGUUUAAGAGUAGCAAUGAGAGAGGCCAUUCCCGCUUGAGGCAAAUAAAACCAGACAAGGACUGCUCAGGAAGUUCUGAAUACAGUACAGGAUUAACUCUGCAACAUAAGUCAACUUGUACUGGUGAUAAUUUGGAAAGCGCAUUGAAUCAGGAUACUGGAACUGAAAUUCAAGCUACACAACUUGGGGUUAAAAAAGAAGUAUGUGAAGGUGUGAAGGAGGUUCUUUCUACUGGAAAAGUGGAACAAGAUACGAUACCAAACUGUGAUGAACAGAUAAUUGCCUCGCCAAGAAUGGAGUGUUCCCCUCUUCAAGUGACUCCUAUUUUCAGAUCCUUGGCUGAAGGAAUUCCAACCCCAGAAUUUACAGACAGUGAAAAGAGCUUCCUAAGGAAAACACUGGGAGUGGAGUCUCCAUCUAUCAGUACCAAUGUCAACCCAUACAAACCGCCACCGUGCGUAAGAGCCCUUCAAUAUAAUCCAUGAUUCAUCUGACAUACAAAUAUUCAUAUGACAUUCUGCUUUCUGAAUCCUUUGCUCCAUCCUUGGCAAUUCGGGUUUCAGAGUUUUUCUUAAUCUUAAAGGAGGUGUGGUGAAGUAAGACUGCUUCAGUAUAAUCCAUGAUUCGUCUGACAUACAAAUAUUCAUAUGAAGUUCCCGUUUCUGAAUUCUUUGUUCCAUCCUUGGCAUUUCGGCUUUCAGAGUUUUUCUUAAUUUUUUAAGGUGUAGGGAAAUUCCAAGCGUAGAAUGAGCUACCUCUAGACCAAGGAAGUACUUCAAAGUUCCUAGAUCCUUGAUUUUAAAGGAGGUGUCAAGAGCUGUCUUGAUUAAUUGGAAUUCAUGAAGAGAGUCUCUUGCCAAUAACAUCAUCAAAGUUUUCCUGUUUUGAGAAUGAUUGCAAUCUCUGCCUUAAGUUUUGAAAGGCACACGCUUCCCGUAGAAUGUUAUGAUACAUUCUUUUAGCAUCACCCCUUUCACUCAUAAUUAAAUUUCUUGAUACUUGCACAAAGUAUUGGUGUGCUUAGCGUGUCGUCCUAUGGUUUGCCAUUUUUCUUUUUCUUUUUUUUGUACAAAGUCUUCUGUCUGUGGAAUCAUUAGCAUCCUGAUUGUGUGUGUGCAUAAAUUUUGUGCUUAUCCUAUUAACUUUGAAUAUGGAUGUCUGUUGAAUCAUUAGCAUCCUGGUUGUGCGUGUUGGUUGUGCAUGUGUGCAUAAAUUUUGUGCCUAUCCUAUUAACUUUGAAUAUAGAAAGAAAAAAGAGUUCAAGAAUAAGCAGUAUCAACUUGAAUUCUUAUUUGA